AUGGACGUGUGGGGCCCAGCCCGCGUCACUGGACAGGGCCGCGAGCGGUACUUUCUGCUGGUUGUCGACGACUACUCGCGUUACACCACGGUCUUCCCCUUGCGCUCCAAGGGUGAGGGGGAGGGCAUCCUCCAGUCGUUCACGCUUCCGGCCUCACCGCAGCAGAAUGGGGUUGCUGAGCGCCGCAUUGGCUUAGUCAUGGAGGUGGCUCGUACCUCCAUGAUCCAUGCGGCUGCUCCCCAUUUUCUGUGGCCGUUUGCGGUCCGGUACGCUACGCAUCAGCUCAACCUCUGGCCCCGUGUCUCCUUGCCGGAGACCUCGCCCACACUGCAUUGGACGGGGGAGGUUGGCGAUGCGUCGCGGUUCCGGGUCUGGGGCUCUCGUGCCUUUGUCCGCGAUACCACCGUAGGCAAGCUCUCCCCUUGCGCCAUUCCCUGCGUCUUCCUUGGCUUUCCCCCUGACGCGCCUGGUUGGCAGUUUUACCACCCCACCUCGCGCCGUGUCUUCCCCUCUCAGGACGUCACGUUUGACGAGUCGGUUCCCUUUUACCGACUCUUCCCCUACCGCACUGCCCCCCUCCCCCCCCCCGCCGCUCUUCCUCGCUCCAGCCUGUCGAGGUCACUGGUGACUCAGGUGCUGCUGGGGGUGGUCCUGGUCGAGGUGUUGCGUCUGGUGGUGCUGCGCCUGGGGGUGCUGAGCCUGAGCGUGCAGAGCCUGGGGGCGCUACGCCUGUGUGUGCGGAGCCUGGGAGUGCUCAGCCUAGUGGUGCUGAGACUCGGGGUGCUGCGCCUCAGCGUACUGAGCCUAGGGGUGCUGAGCCUGGGGGUGCUGCUUCUGGGGGUGCUGAGCCUGGUGGUGCUGCGUCUGCUGGUGGUCUUUCGGGAGCCUCGCCGCAGUGGUCUCUCCAGCCUGGAGCUGCUGGAGCUGGAGGCGCUGGAGCUGGUGGCGCUGGAGCUGGAGGUUUUGGAGCUGCUGGAGGUACUGGAGCUGGAGGCACUGGUCCUGGAGCUACUGGAGCUGGAGGUGCUGGCGCUGGAGGCGCUGGACCUGGUAGACAUGUGCAGCAGCGUGAACCCCUCUCACCACAGCAGCUGUGCGAGUGGCUUGCCCGACGCACCCGCCUUCGGAGUCGCGCAGGAGCUGGAGGCACUUGAGCUGGGAAUGCUGGCACUGAAGGUGUUGGAGCUGGAGGUCCUGGCGUUGGAGGUGCUAGAGCUGGAGGCACUGGAGCCGGAGGCAUUGGAGCUGGAGCUACUUGGGCUGGAGGCGCUCGAGCUGGAGGUCCUGGAGCUGGAGGCACUGGAGCUGGAGGCGCUGGAGCUGGAGGCACUAGCGUCGGAGCUACUAGAGCUGGGGGUGCUGGAGCUGGAGGCACUGGAGCUGGAGGCGCUAGAGCUGGAGGCGCUGGAGCUGGAGGUCCUGGAGCAAGAGGCACUGAAGCUGGAGGCACUGGCGUUGGAGCUACUAUAG